AUGCUCGGUAGUCGAUUUCAGCGGACCAGAUCGAUGGACGACCUCAACCAUGCUGUCAAAGUUGUGGAUAUGGCAGUGAAAUCCACGCCUGAAGACCAUCCUGAGCGAGCCGGUUGGUUGAAUGAUCUUGGUAUCUGGCUUGGUGCGCGAUUCGAGCAGACCAGAUCGAUGGAUGACCUCAACCGUGCUAUCGAAGUUGCGGGUAUAGCAGUAAAUUCCACGCCUGAAGACCAUCCUGACCGAGCCGAUUGGUUGAGUAAUCUUGGUACCUGGCUUAGUAUGAGAUUCGCGCAAAUCAGAUCGAUGGAUGACCUGAACCGUGCUAUCGAAGUUGUGGGUAUAGCAAUGAAAUCCACGCCUGAAGACCACCCAGACCGAUCUCGUCGUUUGAGCAACCUUGGCACCUGGCUUAGUACGAGAUUCGAGUGGACCAGAUCAAUGGACGACCUUAACAGUGCUGUCAAAGUCACAGAUAUGGCAGUGAAUAUGACGUCUGAAAACCACCCGGACCGAGCCCGUCAGUUGAGUAACCUUGGUAUCUUGCUUAAUACACGGUCCGAGCGGACUGGCUCAAUAGACGAUCUCAACCGUGCUGUUAAAGUUGCGGGUAUGGCAGUGGAUUCGACGCCCGAAGAUGACCUAGACCGAGCUAGUUUAUUGAACAACCUUGGUAACCGGCUUGGUAGGCGAUUUGAGCGGCUUGGGUCGAUGGACGACCUUGAUCGUGCUGUCGAAGUUGUGGAUAUGGCAGUGAAUUCCACGCCUGAAGACCAUCCUGAUCGAGCCCAUCGGUUGAGCAACCUUGGCAACCGGCUUGGUAGGCGAUUCGAGCGGACUGGAUUGAUGGACGACCUCAACCAUGCUGUCGAAUUCGUGGAUAUGGCAGUGAAAUCCACGCCUGAAGACCAUCCUAACCGAGCCGGUUGGUUGAACGAUCUUGGAACCUGGCUUGGUACGCGAUUCGAGCGUACUGGAUCAAUAGAAAACCUCAACCAUGCUGUCGAAGUUGCGGGUAUAGCAGUAAAUUCCACGCCUGAAGAUCAUCCUGACCGAGCCCGUCGGUUGGAAAAUCUUGGUACCUGGCUUGGCAGGCGAUUCGAGCGAACUGGGUCGAUAGACGACCUCAACCGUGCUGUUGAAGUUACCAAUAUGGCAGUGAAUGCUACGCCUGAAGACCACCUGAGACCGAGCCGCUUCGCUGAGCAACCUUGGUAUCUGGCUUGGUACGCGAUUCAAGCGCAUGGGUUCAGUGGACGACCUUAA